AUGGGACGAUGGUCUUCGGGCCGGCGACAGGCUACAACCCUGGGCGUGUUGGCGCCCGCCGGUGUUGCCGCAACGGCCGUAUACGUCCUGUUCAUCGGGUUGCCCAUUCUGGCAUUGUUGAUCCGCGCUUUCCAGCAGGACGGAUUCCUGGCCGGGCUGGGUGGUUCGCUGGUUGUCCAGGCGUUGCAACUGUCGCUGAUCACCAGCACAAUCAGUAUGGCGGUGGUCGUUGUUGUUGGCACACCGUUCGCGUUGUUGCUGGCCCGGCGAAAUUCCCCAUUGUUGCGGGUGAUCGAUUCUUUCGUAGAGUUGCCUAUCGUGUUGCCGCCCGUGGUUGCCGGGGUAGCCAUGUUGAUGGCGUUUGGGCGUAACGGGAUCCUGGGCCCGGGGUUAUCCGCGGUGGGAAUCACGCUGCCGUUCACCACCGGGGCGGUGAUCUUUGCGCAGGUUUUUGUGGCGGCGCCCUUCUACGUGAGGGCGGCGCGAAUAGGGUUUUCGGGAGUUGACGUAACCUUCGAAGACGUUUCGCAAACGCUGGGCGUGAGCCCAUGGUCUACGUUCUGGAGGCUGACCGUGCCCAUGGCAUGGCCGUCGCUGGUCACCGGGUUGGCGUUGGCCUGGGCGCGGGCGAUGUCCGAAUUCGGGGCGACCAUCAUGUUCGCCGGCAACCUGACCGGGCGCACCCAAACCAUGCCACUGGCGAUAAUGACGGCGAUGGAAUCCAGCCUUGGAGCUGCCCUGGCGCUGGCGGUGUUGUUAUUGGCGAUGUCUGUGCUGGCAUUGGCGCUGCUCGCGUUAUUGUUGCGCCGCAGCAACGGGGUCAGGUGA